AUGCGGGGGAAUUUUUGUGGUGACCCAGAAGGAUGGGGCCCCAUCUCCCCUCAUGGGAGGAGCGACUUCACGCCUUGUUUUCUAGAUUCUGUUAUCGAUGGAGUCAGCUUAGGGAUUAUCUUCUUCGGGGCUUUCCAAGUGUAUUGGCUUUCACGCAAGAAGCCGGUGGGUGCAGUGAAGGAUUGGAGUUAUACCUUGAAGUUGGGGUUAGUUGCGGGCAUAAUUGCGGUUUCGGCAUUGCUCGCUUCACUACAGGUUGAAUACUCCGAUUCAUGGUUUUACGAUAUUCGGUUCUGGUCGCCAAUUCUCUCCUGUGUUGGUCUCGGAGUAGCCUUUACCGUUCACUACUUGGAACACGAUCGAUCUUGGGUUCCCAAUGGGGUUCUGCUCUUCUACUGGCUGUUCUUCAUCGUCAUACAUGGCGUCGAGCUUCGGUCUUCCGUGGACUUGCACGAUCAUAAACACCGACUUCCCCGGCUUAUUGCGGUGACAUGCGCGGAGGCUGCGGGAAUCUUCGUCUUCCUCCUGCAAUUGAUUGUCCCGAGGAAGAGGGGUCCAUACGCACUCGUUGGUGAAGAUGAGGUGGAAAACGAGUGCCCUAGCGAGAUCGCAAACGUCUUCUCGAGACUUACGUUUGGGUGGAUGACGGUGAUGAUGAAGCGAGGGUAUAAUAAGUUCUUGACUGAGGAGGAUCUCUGGAAUCUUCGUAAGAUCGACACAACUCGUGCUACGGGAGAUCAAUUCACCGAGGCAUGGGAGAAGGAGCUUCAGAAGGAGAAGCCAAGCAUUUGGAUUGCGUUGCUUAGGGCCUUUGGUGCUCCUUAUGCCCGUGGUUCUCUCUACAAAAUUGGGAAUGAUGUCCUGGCUUUUGUGCAACCGCAGCUUUUGAGGUUGUUGAUAGCAUUUGUAUCGUCUCACAAUUCUAAUAAUCCUCAGCCGGUCGUCCGAGGAGUUGCCAUUGCCUUUGCCAUGUUUGGCUCGAGUGUUGUUCAAACUCUGUGUUUGCACCAGUACUUCCAGCAUGCCUUCGAGACGGGUAUGAGAAUCAAGAGUAGCUUGACGGCAGCUAUAUAUAAAAAGAGUAUGCGGCUGUCAAACGAAGGACGAGCCUCCAAGACCACUGGUGACAUUGUAAACCUACAAGCUGUUGACACCCAGCGACUACAGGAUAUCACCCAGUAUGGGCAGCAACUUUGGAGUGCGCCUUUCCAAAUCGCUCUUUGCAUGGUUUCUCUUUAUCAACUUUUGGGACCCAGCAUGUUUGCCGGAAUUGCUGCGAUGGUUGUCAUGAUUCCGGUUAACGGAAUCAUUGCUCGUGUCAUGAAAACGCUACAGAAGGCUCAGAUGAAGAAUAAGGACUCUCGGACCAGACUGAUGACUGAGAUUCUGAACAACAUGAAGAGUAUUAAGCUUUACGGAUGGGGCUCUCCUUUCAUGGCUAAGUUAGACCAUGUCAGGAAUGAUCUAGAGUUGCAUACCCUCAGGAAGAUUGGCGUCGCGCAGGCGUUUGCCAGUUUUACUUGGUCCAGCACGCCGUUUUUGGUAUCUUGUUCUACAUUUGCUGUCUUUGUCUGGACUCAAGAUAAGCCAUUGACCACAGAUAUUGUCUUCCCAGCAUUGACCUUGUUCAAUUUACUCACUUUCCCUCUUUCGGUUCUCCCUAUGGUAAUUUCAGCUAUUGUUGAGGCUAGUGUUGCUGUUGGACGUAUCACUUCAUUCUUGAUGGCCGAAGAACUUCAACUCGAUGCUGUGAUCCACGAGCCACCAGUACUUGAAAUGGGCGAAGAGGCUCUUAAUAUCACUAAUGCAACAUUCGCCUGGAACCGCGCAGAGGCUGGCAAAAGCGCCUUGAAGAAUAUCAACUUUACGGCCAAGAAGGGUGAACUCAACUGUAUCGUGGGACGAGUCGGUGCAGGGAAAUCCAGCUUUCUUCAGGCAAUUCUCGGAGAUCUGUGGAAGGUGUCAGGCAAAGUCGUUGUAAGAGGAUCUACUGCUUACGUCGCCCAGUCAGCUUGGGUCAUGAAUGCCUCCGUUAGAGAGAACAUCGUGUUUGGGCACCGCUAUGACCCCGAGUUUUACCAGGCCACCGUUAGAGCUUGUGCGCUUCUUGAGGACUUUGAUGCCCUGCCCGAUGGUGAUGAGACAGAAGUUGGUGAGAAGGGAAUCUCUUUGUCCGGAGGUCAGAAGGCUCGUUUGACCCUCGCUCGUGCCGUCUAUGCCCGUGCCGAUGUUUACCUCUUGGAUGAUCCCCUAUCUGCCGUUGACCAGCAUGUUGGAAGGCAUCUUAUUGAUAACGUUCUUGGUCCUAAGGGUCUCUUGGCCGGAAAGACCAGAAUUUUGGCAACGAACUCGAUCCCCGUACUGAUGGAAGCCGAUUAUAUUCAUCUUAUUGUUGCAGGUGAAAUAGCCGAGACUGGCACCUACAACACCAGCGAUAAAGAUAGCGACAGAACCAUCGGCCCUGAGAUGAGGAAAUCCAGGCGCAAAGAGUUUUCGGAGAAAGGAAAGGUCAAGUGGAGUGUCUAUGGAGAAUACGCAAAAGCUAGCAACCUCUUUGCUGUAGCGAUUUACCUUCUCGCUUUGAUCUUCUCGCAGGUUGUUUCUGUUGGAGGAAAUGUAUGGCUCAAGACAUGGUCCGAAGCGAACGGCGAGAACCAUGCGAACGACCAUGUUGGCAAGUAUCUCGGCAUUUACUUUGCCUUUGGGGUCGGCGCGGCUGCGCUUGUGGUCUUUCAGACGCUAAUUCUUUGGAUUUUUUGCGCUAUCGAGGCUGCUAGGAAGUUGCACAAUAAGAUGGCAGUUGCUAUAUUCCGAGCCCCGAUGCAGUUUUUUGAAACCACUCCCGCCGGCCGUAUCCUGAAUCGCUUCUCUAGUGAUAUUUACAGGAUCGAUGAGGUGCUUUGUCGAAGUUUCAACAUGUUGUUUAGUAAUAGCGCCAGGUCAAUUGCUACGAUUGCCAUUAUCUCCAUAUCCACACCUCCAUUUUUGGCUCUUGUUGUUCCCCUGGGGUGUCUCUAUCUCUAUAUUCAGCGCUAUUACCUACGAACCUCCCGGGAACUAAAAAGGUUGGAUAGUACAUCACGGAGUCCUAUCUAUGCUCACUUCCAAGAGUCGCUCGGCGGUAUCUCUACUAUUAGGGCUUAUCAACAGCAGUCCAGAUUCAUAGCUGAAAAUGAAUGGAGGAUUGAUGCUAACCUGCGCGCCUAUUUCCCUUCGAUAAAUGCGAACAGAUGGCUCGCCGUGCGAUUGGAGAUUAUUGGCUCAGUCGUUAUAUUGGGGGCCGCUGGAUUUCCAAUUAUUGCUGUCGCUUCCGGUACUAAUCUUUCUGCAGGCAUGGUUGGCUUAUCAAUGUCGUACGCGCUGCAGAUAACUCAAUCACUCAACUGGAUUGUCCGCCAAACUGUCGAGGUUGAGACCAACAUCGUCUCGGUAGAGAGGGUGCUCGAAUAUGCAGCUCUUCCAAGCGAGGCGCCCGAAGUCAUCCCAAGCCAGAGACCGAGUACGAGCUGGCCCGCAAAUGGGGCUGUCUCCUUUCAUAAUUACUCGACUCGGUACCGCCCCGGCCUGGAUUUAGUUCUCAAAGACAUCAACAUCGACAUUAAACCCCGGGAAAAGAUUGGGAUUGUGGGUAGGACUGGUGCGGGGAAGAGCUCAUUGACCCUUGCGCUAUUCCGAAUUAUUGAACCUGCAAAUGGCAAUAUUAGCGUUGACUCCCUCAACACGUCUGCUAUUGGCCUAAGGGACUUGAGACAACGGUUGGCUAUUAUCCCUCAGGAUGCCUCACUGUUCGAAGGGACUGUAAGGGACAACUUGGAUCCGAGUCAUGUCCAUGAUGAUACCGAGCUUUGGACGGUGCUGGAACUCUCUAACCUCAAGGCCAAGGUUUCCUCAAUGGACGGGAAGUUAGACGCGCAGGUACACGAGGGCGGAUCUAAUCUUUCCGUGGGCGAGCGAGCCUUGAUGCAAACGGACAACAUGCUACAACGAACCAUAAGAGAUAGAUUCCGCGACAGGACCAUCCUGACAAUCGCUCAUCGUUUAAAUACCAUCAUUGACAGUGACCGAGUCAUCGUUCUUCAGGCCGGUCGGGUCGCCGAAUUCGAUACCCCAGAAGCCCUGCUCAGCGACAAAAAUUCCCUGUUCUUUGCCCUUGCCAAAGAGGCCGGGCUAACCCAGGCAGGCUCUUCCAGCGAGCUACCGGUAUCCUGAGUCCGUGUGCGCGCGAGGGAAUAUAGCAGAACAAGAGGGGGCUGAUUGAUUGAUAGCAGUGUGCACGUCUUGAGUGUUUUUUUUUUUUGUUUUUUUUGAUAUUGUCUUUUUUUCCAAAAUUUUCGGAAGAAAAAAUGUUUUCAGUUCCACACCCACUGUACCAGAACUGCACGAACGGUGUUUUUUUCCCCCCUUCCUGUUCGAAUAUUUGAGCUAUUGAGUUUUUGUCCUUAUUUCCCUUUCAUAUUGUUUCCAUUUGAUUUGAUUAUUCAGCUGUUUUUCUUAUGCCUACAAGUACGAGUACUCGUACCGGUAUGGGAUUCUCAAAACGGUAUGUGGGUGGGAUGGAGAGGUUGUGUGGCAUGUGCCGGUGUGGCAUGAUUGUCCCAAGGCUUGCUAGCUAGUAAACUUGCCAGCCUUACAAACGGAGUUGCCGGCUAAUGAAAUGUUAUUCCUCACUCUCACCUCCCCUCCCCCAUUACUUUUCCUUCCGCCUUUCUACUACCGGUAUGUUGUGCCCUAGUGUAUUACAGACAGACGAACUAGAAUGCAACAUAAGUUAGGUACCUUUA